UCUCGCAUGGACUAGCGUCUAAUUUACGGCCUCUCGCAUGGACUGGCUAUAAAAACCUAGGGCUCGCAAAUCUCCUCCUCCACACGCACUCCAAUUCCGCGUAGAUUCCCCAAAAUCCUCUCAAUUCACUUGCAGCUCGCAAUCUUCUCUCGAACAGGUACGCCUCUUCGAUCCUCGAUUUUCUUCGUGCUUUCCUCUUUUUCGAGCUCGGGACGCCCUUCCAAUCGAUCGAGCUCGACCGAUUUAGUGCUUGAGGGGAAUCCGCCGACAUGCCGAAGAACAAGGGUAAGGGAGGUAAGAAUCGGAAGAGGGGAAAGAACGAGGCCGACGACGAGAAGCGGGAGCUGGUGUUCAAGGAGGACGGGCAGGAGUACGCCCAGGUGCUCCGCAUGCUCGGCAACGGCAGGUGCGAGGCCAUGUGCAUCGACGGGACCAAGCGGCUCUGCCACAUCCGGGGCAAGAUGCACAAGAAGGUCUGGAUCGCCGCCGGCGACAUCAUCCUCGUCGGGCUCCGCGACUACCAGGAUGACAAGGCCGACGUGAUCCUCAAGUACAUGCCCGACGAGGCCAGGCUGCUCAAGGCGUAUGGUGAGCUCCCCGAGAACACCCGCCUCAACGAGGGUAUCGCCGGAGGUCUGGAGGAGGACGAAGAAGGGCCUGGGGACGACUACAUCGAGUUCGAGGACGAGGACAUUGAUAAGAUAUAAGCUGUUUUGUUUGCUGAUGAAGCUUGGUUGAAUUAGUUGGGAUGUUGCAUACUAUUGAGCUGUGUUUUAAUGUAGCGAUUGGCAAAAAGGAAGAUGUUGCGCUAUAAGUGGACCACAGAUGUGAUUUAAACACAUAUGUAAUACUGGAGUUAUGCAUCAUAUUUCGUAAAUUUUCUUGUUGUGCAAGUGUUUUUGCUUUAGGGUUCUAUGCCAAGUACUGUUUAUUGAGGA